AUGGAUUCAAGAUCGCUUCGGUCCAAGGCGUCCGAAGAGACCCUGAUAUCGCUUCUUCAUUUAGAUCCCUCCCCCAUAGAAACACCACCGGCGGAUACCGACAAGGAUUUGCCUCCUCUUCCUGAAGAUGCUCUUGAGAACAGCGUUUCCUCGUUAAAAUCCACUUCGUCUGCCCCAGGUUUGAGUGGCAGUGGACAUGGAACCAUUUUUUACCUUACACGCAUUCAAAAGUUUUCCUCUUACUUGGUGCCAAUUUUCACCUCCAUACAUCUUGCCAACACUUCCAUCAUUCCCCUGGUUGCGCGCUCCGUUGUUGCUUCUGAGACUUAUCUGCUGCAAUCCCGGGAGAUUUAUCAGACUUCUCUAACAGAGCCCCUGCUCGUCGCCUUACCAAUUGUCGCCCACGUUGCGUCUGGCAUCGCUCUCCGUUUCGCCCGGCGUUCCCAGAACUUACACCGCUAUGGAGGAAACACUCCUGGCAUGUAUGCAUUGUAUCGGGCCCAAACUGGCAAGACGUCUCGGACAACAGCUUACAACAGCUCGGGCUCGGCGGCGCGCAUAUGGCCUCCUUUGAGCUACAUUUCGGCGUCAGGCUAUGCAUUCGCGGUAUUUCUGGCCGCUCAUGUUGGCGUAAAUCGUGUACUGCCCCUCCAGGUCGAGGGCGACAGCUCAAACAUUGGUCUGGCAUUUGUCGCACAUGGCUUUACCCGCCAUCCGACGUUGUCAUGGCUAGCUUACACAGGGCUUCUGCUUGUAGGGUGUGGUCACAUGGUCUGGGGGGCAGCAAAGUGGCUGGGGUAUGCACCGACGGCCAUGGGCUGGAGCGGCAGCGGCUCAAAAGUGAUUGACAAAAAGACAAGACAACGAAGGAGGAUGGUAUGGUGGGGCCUUCACGGUGCUACUUUUGGCGCUUUUGUUGUCUGGGCCGCUGGUGGUUUGGGAAUCGUUGCUAGGGGAGGACUUACAACAGGCUGGGUCGGAAAACUCUAUGACGACCUAUUGGACAAAAUCCCCCUUUGCUGA